AUGUUGGGUAUUGAUAUCCAGAAGCCCCCCAAGGGGAAAUGGCACACGCCGCCCUUCGACCCUCGCUUCCCCAACCAGAACCAGACCCGUAACUGCUACCAGAACUUCUUGGACUAUCACCGCUGCUUGAAGCGGAUGAGCCGGCGCGGGAAGAGCACGCAGACCUGCGAGUACUAUUUCCGCGUGUACCACUCGCUGUGCCCCAUCAGUUGGGUACAGCGCUGGAAUCAGCAGAUCAAAGAGGGCACUUUCGCGGGGAAAAUCUGACUGCCCGAGCCCGGCUUCCGAGGGGCCAGCCCCAGUGACCCCAGUCCUCCAGUCUCCCAGCGACUGCUACCCGG